GAGGGAGCAGGUUACACUGGGCGUGUCGCCCACCACAACACUGGUCGUACACUGAGAGGUGAGGGCCGUGCCGCUGGCCUCUGUCACCUCCAGUACUACACUAGGUGAGAAGUCUACACUCUGGACACGUCCUAACACUGGUGCUGUAACACAGUGACGCUGUAACAGUGCUGUACCCUCAGUGACGCUGUAACAGUGCUGUACCCUCAGUGACGCUGUAACAGUGCUGUUCCCUCAGUGACACUGUAACACAGUGACGCUGUAACACGGUGAUGCAGCAACACAGUGACGCUACAACACAGUGACGCUGUAACACAGUGACGCUGUAACACGGUGAUGCAGUAACACAGUGACGCUACAACACAGUGACACUGUAACACAGUGACGCUGUAACAUGGUGAUGCAGUAACACAGUGACGCUACAACACAGUGACGCUGUAACACGGUGAUGUUGUAACAGUGACACUGUAACACAGUGACGCUGUAACGCGGUGAUGUUGUAACAGUGACGCUGUAACAGUGACGUUGUAACACGGUGACACUGUAACAGUGCUAUUCCCUCAGUGACGCUGUAACAGUGAUUUGUAGCUCAGUGACGCUGUAACACAGUGACACUGUUCCCUCAGUAACACUGUAACACGGUGACGCUGUAACAGUGCUAUUCCCUCAGUGACGCUGUAACAGUGAUGUUGUAACACAAUGACGGUGUAACACAGUGACACUGUAACACGGUGACGCUGUAACAAUGCUGUUCCUGCUACUGAUGCCAGUCACUCGUCAGUCAACACGGUACAAUGCUGCAUUCCAAGGCCAAGAAAUGAUCAAACAUAUCAGUUGCUGGUUAGCUUAAGCUAUGUGAAUUUUGAACGAAUGCUCAUCACAUAAGGUUACCGUCUCACGCAAAAUCUGCUGCAUCAUUCCUAGACACGGCCAGCAAGACCCAGGACUUGCCGUGGUCUUCUGAUAACUUGACACUUUCUGGAAGAAUGUUCUCUGAAACUUACUGAGUAUGAAUUGUAGAUAAUUGGUUCUAUCUGUGUCUUUUUCAUUGUUUUGUGACUUUGUUUACCCGUAAUAUUGAACAAUAUUGUUGUACCUUCAACACUGAAGCAUGUUACUGUAUCUUAACAUUGAGUUGUAUUAUUUUACCUACAACAUUGAGCUGAAUUUUUUGAGCUUGAUAUUUUAUGCAUAAUAAUGAAAUGUAGUGCCUCAUUAUUGGCUCAGUUUAUUGGAGGUUUAUUACAUGAAUUUAAGGUUAUUAUACAAUGGAUAGACCUGUUCAUAUCAAGGAAAAAAAGUAUGAAUGUAAAGAAUGUGGAAAAUUGUUUACUAAGAAGAGUAAUGUAACCAGUCAUAUGGUAGUUCACACCGGUGAGAAAAAAUUUAAAUGCGAGAUUUGUCAUAAACGGUUUAGUAAAAAGAGCAACCUCACAACUCAUAUGCCUAUUCACACUGGUGAGAAGAAGUUUGAAUGUCAAGAGUGUGGUAAACAAUUCUCUCAAAAGGUUAAUCUUACUGCUCAUAUGCCUAUUCACACAGGCGAGAAAAGGUUUCAGUGUGAGGAAUGUGGGAAACAAUUUACUCAUGUGAGCACCUGUAAAAAACAUAAACUUACUCACACAUCCGAAAGGAAGUUUAAAUGUGAGGAUUGUGGUAAGAUGUUCCUUCGAAAGAGUCACCUUAAUACUCACAUGCUCACUCACGCAGCAGCCGCGAGUAACAAAUUAUUGGAGUGUGAAGACUGUGGGAAAUUGUUCUCGAGGAAAGAUGAUCUCACUUUACAUAUGUUGUUUCACACGGAUAAAAAAAGGUUUAAAUGUAAAUACUGUGGGAAAUAUUUUACCGAGUUGAGUCAACUUUCUAGUCAUAUGCCUGUACAUUCAGCUGAGAAGAAAUACGAGUGCGAGAUAUGCGGCAAAUUUUUCUCUCAAAAAAGUAAUCUUAAAACACACACAAUUGUUCACACUAGGGAAAAGAACUUUACAUGUGAGCUCUGCGGAAAAGUGUAUGCUCGAAAUAGUAGCUUGAGGAGCCACAUGCAUGUUCAUACAGGGGAGAAGUAUGAAUGUGAAAUAUGUGGGAAAUUGUUCUCUCAUAAAAUUAGUCUUAGUUCACAUAUUCCUACUCACACAGGUGAGAAAAAUUAUGAAUGUGAGAUUUGUGGAAAGGUUUUUGCUCGGAGAACUAGUCUCACCACCCAUAUGCCUGUUCACUCGGGCGAGAGGAAGUACGAGUGUCAAAUAUGUGGGAGAAUGUUUUUCCACAAAAGUAGCCUCAGGAAGCAUAUACCUAUUCACUCAGGUGAGAAAAAGUUUGAAUGCGAGGUAUGUGGGAAAUAUUUUACUCAGAAAGGUAGCCUCCACUGCCACAUGACUGUUCACACAGGGGAGAGAAAAUAUGAGUGUGAGGAAUGUGGGAAAUUAUUCGCCGUCAAAGGAAGUCUCGUCAGGCAUAAAAUUCUUCAUACUGGCAGAAAAAAAUUUAAAUGUGAGGAAUGCGGUAAACUAUUCUACCGCAAGUGUCACCUUAUUUCUCACAUGGCUGUUCAUGCAGGUCAGAAAAUUAAUGAUUGAAAAAGUGAUAAGAUUAUGACUUUAAAGUGGUAACUUUGAGAUUGGCUUAUUCACAACAGCAAAAGUUGCCAUGGCACAGUGGUAACACACUUGCCCCAUGCUUCAUGAGCGAUUUAGCCUAGCUUCACAUCCUGGCCGGGGAGGAUUGACUAGGUGCCAAUCCUUAACUGUAUGCCUCUGUUCACCUAGCAGUGAAUGGCUGCCUGGUUGUUAAUUUUCUCUGAAAUAUGACCCGCCAAAUCAUUUAAGAUUCGGAGCCUGCUCAAAAUGCUGUGUGUGUUAGUGGUUUUAUAGGAAUGUAAGAACUUUUGUAUAAAUAAAUAAAUAAUUAAUUAAUAAAAGUAAGGGAGAAAAUUUGCACGAAGAAAAACCAAAUGCAGUAUAGAAGCAUUUUUACUGACAAUGUCCCGUUAAGUGCAGACUUGUGCCUAGCUGGACAAUAAUGUUUAAUAGUAUAAAGAUUCUGUAAAGUCUCCUGUAUCCAAACCCAUUAGGGGUGGGAGAGGUUUAUGCCAGUUCUUUUGUUCAGCUAUCGUAUAAAAUUUAUAGUGUUUGUUCACUCAAUAUUGCCAUUACUAAACUGACCAAGACUGAACGAUAAAGCACAAGAAUGUAAAUAAAUAUGGAAAAAAAAAUAUGAUCUGCAAGACUUUACAUAAUGGUCUGGAUUUCACAGGGACUCCCUCCAGAAUACUGUACAGACUUUUUUUCACAAGUUAAAAAUUUGGAAGGGAGAGAUCUGGUGGCCAAAUUAGGUGUGUGUUGUUUAGAGGGGUCCAUUAUAGGAAGGUCUGGAUUUGGGAGGUGCCACAUGUAUGUGUGACCUACCACAGUUCAUUGUAGGUCACUGAUACAUAUUUACCUGAUAUAUAUAGAUUUUAUAUAUAUAUAUAUAUAUAUAUAUAUAUAUAUAUAUAUA